GGAGAGCCAGGCUGAAUUUCUUCGUCUUUCUCAACUACUUUUAUUCCACUUAAAUCCUUCAAAGUCUUAUUUGCAUGAUCAUGUUGACAAUGCGACGUUCCUUCGUGGUGCUUGUGACUUUUACAAAACUGUCUCCGUUCCGUCACACAGUGUUUGUUUUCACUGUGGUGGUUGUUUAUCCGUUCGUCUUUGGCCGAGUUUGAGCUCCUGUGUCCUUUCCAGGACAGAUGUUCACCGCUGCCGCCGCAUCAUUGCGACCCUGCCUCUGACUCACCAUCACAUGCUGCUGCUGCUGCCCGGUGCGUCUGCCGAUCCGCGCCGCUGGUGAUGGGAACUCUUUGGGACUGUCUGGCGCAUGAAGGAUCCUCACGGUUCAGUUUUCCCAAAGCACUCAGCUGCUGGUGGCUCUCACUGACUGAAAGGACGCGGGAGAUAACUUGUAUUUAAGUUAGAUUUUUAUUUUAAAUGUUUUUAGUUCAACAGAUGUUUGUGUUUUAUUUUUUUUUUUUCUGCUGCAUCUAUUUUGAUUAGAAUCCGCAUUGAUUUCGUUUGGUGAUGCGCAAAAUAUCCAGCAUGUAGCUUAUUUUGAACCCAGCACGCCCACACCUCUUUUGAACAAGCACCAAAUAUUACUGGACCACUUUCGAGUGCGUGUUUCAGAUGAAGAGGAUAAUUUGGAGUUACCUAAAAUAGCCAGGUGUUUGUGUCAGACUCUGCAGAGGACUGUCUGCUCACUGGAGGUCCUCAGAAGUUCCGCUCAUAACUGCAACUUGUUUACCCUUCUCUGUAAACAAGCUUUACGCAAGGAUUUUUUGGUUUUACGCACGGCUGCCAAUCUGUGCCAUCACCUCUGCACCUCAAACACUGAUGAUGGGAGGAAAGGGCAGCGUCAAUGGGCGUGAGGAGUCCCAGACCCGGGGUGCCUUCAGCAGUAAGGGCCAGGCACGGCCCCGUGAAUAACCGCGCAACGACAGCAUGCCCUCUUGGCCCAAUCUCUCGCUGUGCCUCUCCCAUAACUGCAGCUGGGAGGAGACCCACAACGCCACAAGGAACGCUGACCUUGGCCUGCCUCCUCUUAAUUACUACUCAAUCCCUCUCCUCACUGUCAUCACCGUCGCCUGCACGCUGCUGUUUCUGAUCGGGGUGACCGGGAACGUCAUGACCAUCUUGGUGGUCAGUAAGUACAGGGACAUGCGCACUACCACUAACCUGUACCUGUGUAGCAUGGCCGUGUCAGACCUGUUCAUCUUCCUCUGUAUGCCACUGGACCUUUACCGGAUGUGGAGGUACAGGCCCUGGCGGUUUGGGGCCGCGCUCUGCAAGCUCUUUCAGUUCGUGUCAGAGUCAUGCACCUACUCCACCAUCCUGAGCAUCACUGCGCUCUCAGUGGAGCGCUACCUGGCCAUUUGUUUCCCGCUGCGUGCCAAGGCCCUGGUUACCAAAAGGCGGGUGCGCGCCCUCAUUCUGCUACUCUGGACAGUGUCUCUGCUGAGCGCCGGGCCUGUGUUUGUCAUGGUGGGAGUGGAGCGUGACAGUAUGUGGCCAGAUUACAGCUCGGGAAUGAAUGAGACUGGCUUCUCCCCGGAGGAAACGGACACCCGGGAGUGUAAGAUGACGCAUUACGCAGUGGAGUCGGGCCUGAUGGGGGCCAUGGUGUGGUUAAGCUCUGUGUUCUUCUUCAUGCCGGUCUUCUGUCUCACAGUGCUCUACAGCCUCAUAGGCCGCAGGCUGUGGCAGAGGCACAGAGAGACAAACAUCAGCUCCCGUGUGGCUCACCGGGAUAAAAGCAACAGGCAGACCAUCAAGAUGCUGGUGGUGGUGGUCCUGGCCUUCGUUCUAUGCUGGUUGCCGUUCCAUGUGGGUCGCUACCUGCAGUUCCGCUUUCUGGACGCACCGUCCCCGCUGCUGUCUGUGUUGUCCGAGUACUGCAGUUUGGUGUCCGUGGUUCUCUUCUAUCUGAGCGCCGCCAUCAACCCCAUCCUCUACAACACCAUGUCCUGGAAGUACAGGGGCGCAGCGGCGCGCCUCUUCGGCCUGACCGACAGUCAGCCUACAAGAGGCCGCACAGCCAGCACCAUGAAGGGAGACGGCUCAAACGGCUGGACGGAAUCCACAGUUAGCUUCUAAACGCAUGACUGUCAAAAAAGUGUGGAUAUGAUUUGAAAAACUAUCAGUCACAAGAUGAUAACACUCACCCAAAGCCAUUAUUUCUGUCAGGGCCUAAUAGAAAAACUGUUCUGCACAUGUGAGUGCAGCACUUGCCUUUAUUCAACUGGGACAAAAAGAAACAGGAUGAGAAAAGUGCAAACCACAAAAAGCUGUAAGCCUCUAUCUACUUUGUCAGCACGCAUCAAUAGAACUUCGAUUUUUGUCAAACAGUUCAUUUUCUUGUUGGAUUAUUUCAGCAAGUGCCAUCCAGUAUUCAUACAACACACUCAGCAGCAUUUCAAAAGCACCACUGGUGGAGUGGAAAACACACACACACACACCAGCCUCAAGUGCUUGUACUGAUCCAAAUGUGAACAACAUGGGGGCUCACACGCCCGGAAUACAUGCACACAUAUAAAUAUAAUAGACAUUUACAAUUGCCUUAUAUUGUAUUCAUACUCUGGAUGACAAAGAAAGCACUGUAGAAUUUGUGGCACUGGUCUGCACUCCUUCAGGGAGUGGCAGCGGUGCAGUGUGUGUGUGAGUGUGUUUGUGUGCGUGUGUGUGUGUGUGUGUGUGUGUGUGAGUGAGUGAGUGAGUGUGAGAGAGAUAUAAAGAGAGAUUUGCAUGUGUGUAUUGUGUGCCAGGUGUUGUUCUUCAGGAUGUGAUUUCUGUUAUUUGUUAGAGUGUGAAGAUGUAAAUGUACUUUGUCACUGUUAUUACAUUUCGUUGCCCCCUACCUUGGAAAUGGAAGUCCCUGCUGUGUCGACGCUGCCAAGACAGGCCAACGGGGUUUGGGUUCAUGUCCUGAAACUAAGAGAAUGAAUAUUCCUGUGA